CACACACCCCUCUGCCUCUGUCAUUGCAUCUCCUUAUCUGACUCUGAUGCUCCUGCUUCGCUCUUGUGAAGACCCCAGUGAUUAUAUUGGGUCCACCCAGCUCAUCAGGAUGACCCCUCUGUCAUCAGAUUCUUAGCUUCAUCACUUCUGCAAAGGUUUUGUCAGGUCGCCUAGUCACAGGUUUCAGGGAUUCGGACGUGGACAUAUGGGGAGGCCGUGACUCUGCCCACCAGGGUGGUUUGCACAGAAUUAUUUUCAGGGAGCAGGAGCUCGGAGCAGAGGAGGAAAAGAAGGAAGGGAAAAAGACCGUUGUGCGGAUGCCUUCUCGAGUCGACCAUCUCCGUGAGAUCUUCUGAAGUCUUUAAUGUGCUCGGGAGCUACUUCCAUGCGAUGAAAAGGGGAAGGAUCCACCCAGCUCUCUAUCUGCUCACCCUCCCUUCCUUCUUGCCCGCCUUUCAUCCAGAUACCCACUUAGUAGGUCUGGACGCGCUUCGGUGCAGGGCCACAGAGAUGAAUCGGACUUUACCUCUGUCCUCAGGUCCUUUGAUCAGCAAGCCCAGAGGAAGCCCCCGGCUGGCAGGCUCAUCCGUGAACUCUCUCCCACAGGCCUUGGGCCACGUGCACCCGGAAUGUGACUUCAUCACCCAGCUGAGAGAGGACGAGCGAACUUGUCUACAAGCAGCAGACUGGAUGGCCAACUCCUCCUCGGGCUGUCCUAGGACCUGGGAUGGGCUGUUGUGCUGGCCGACGGCAGGCCCUGGGGAGUGGGUGACCCUCCCCUGCCCGGCUUUCUUCUCUCACUUCAGCUCUGAGCCAGGGGCCCUGAAGCGGGACUGCACCACCACGGGCUGGUCUGAGCCCUUCCCGCCGUAUCCCGAGGCUUGCCCUGUGCCCCUGGAGCUGCUAACUGAUGAGAAAUCCUACUUCUCCACUGUGAGAAUCGUCUACACCACGGGCCACAGCGUCUCUGCCGUGGCCCUCUUCGUGGCCAUCGCCAUCCUGGUUGCUCUCAGGAGGCUCCACUGCCCCAGGAAUUACAUCCACAGCCAGCUGUUCGCCACCUUUAUCCUCAAGGCAGGAGCUGUGUUCUUGAAAGACGCCGCCCUCUUUCACAGCGAGAACACGGACCACUGCAGCUUCUCCACGGUUCUGUGCAAGGUCUCUGUGGCCACCUCCCAUUUCGCCACCAUGACCAACUUCAGCUGGCUGCUGGCAGAAGCUGUCUACCUGACCUGCCUCUUGGCCUCUACGUCACCCAGCACGAGGAGGGCCUUCUGGUGGCUGGUCCUCGCUGGCUGGGGGCUUCCCCUGCUCUUCACUGGCACGUGGGUGGGUUGCAAGUUGGCCUUUGAGGAUGUUGCGUGCUGGGACCUGGACGACAGCUCCCCCUACUGGUGGAUCAUCAAAGGGCCCAUCGUCCUCUCUGUGGGGGUGAACUUUGGGCUUUUUCUCAAUAUUAUCCGCAUCCUGCUGAGGAAACUGGAGCCAGCUCAGGGCAGCCUUCACACCCAGCCUCAGUACUGGCGUCUCUCCAAGUCAACCCUUCUCCUCAUCCCGCUGUUCGGAAGUCACUACGUCAUCUUCAACUUCUUGCCUGACAGUGCUGGCCUGGGCAUCCGCCUCCCCCUGGAGCUGGGACUGGGCUCCUUCCAGGGCUUCAUUGUUGCCAUCCUGUACUGCUUCCUCAACCAAGAGGUGAGGACUGAGAUCUCACGGAGGUGGCAUGGCCAUGACCCUGAACUUCUGCCAGCCUGGAGGACUCAUGCCAAAUGGGCAAAGCCUUCCCGCUCAAGGGCGAAGGUGCUGACAACUGUGUGCUAAGCUGCCCUUGUCACACACCUGGAAUCCACACCUGAACGUGGGCAGCGGCUUGGGUCCACCCUCCUCCAGAGGAGGGGGACCAGCCCCUUGCCCCCCAGGAACCCUCCAUUCGUGCCCUUGCCCAGGCUGCAGUCCAGCCCUUCUUUCCUGUCCUGCCUCUGACUCUUUGGCCUGAGUCCCUGUGUGUCUACCUCUGAAGUCGUUGGUUCCUCUGUCUCUUUUCUUCUCACGUCCCUCCUCCUGGAGUCUGGGCCGGAGCCGAAAGCCAAAGGAGCCAAUAAACUUGUAAAUGAGUG